GCAGGGCGGGGAGACCUUGGCGGGGCGGUGGAGGCUCUUGGCGGAGGUGAAGGCGGUGGCGGAAAGGAACAUACACCGGCGACAUGCAGGGCUGGAGUCGUGUGUACUGCUCUUUGGCCAAGAGAGGCCAUUUCAAUCGAAUAUCUCAUGGCCUACAGGGAGUUUCCGCAGUGCCUCUGAGGACUUAUGCAGACCAACCAAUUGAUGCUGAUGUAACAGUGAUAGGUUCUGGUCCUGGAGGCUAUGUCGCUGCUAUUAAAGCUGCCCAGUUGGGCUUCAAGACAGUCUGCGUUGAGAAAAAUGAAACACUUGGUGGAACAUGCUUGAAUGUUGGUUGUAUUCCUUCUAAGGCUUUAUUAAAUAACUCUCAUUAUUACCAUCUGGCCCAUGGAAAAGAUUUUGCAUCUAGGGGAAUUGAAAUGUCUGAAGUUCGCUUGAAUUUAGAGAAGAUGAUGGAGCAGAAGAGUACUGCAGUGAAAGCUCUAACCGGGGGGAUUGCCCACCUGUUCAAACAGAACAAGGUUGUUCACGUAAAUGGAUAUGGAAAGAUAACUGGCAAAAAUCAGGUCACUGCUGCGAAAGCCGAUGGCAGCACUCAAGUUAUUGACACAAAGAACAUUCUUAUAGCUACAGGUUCAGAAGUUACUCCUUUUCCUGGAAUCACGAUUGAUGAAGAUACAAUAGUGUCAUCUACAGGUGCUUUAUCUUUAAAAAAAGUUCCAGAAAAGAUGGUUGUCAUUGGUGCAGGAGUAAUAGGUGUAGAAUUGGGUUCAGUUUGGCAAAGACUUGGUGCAGAUGUGACAGCAGUUGAGUUUUUGGGUCAUGUUGGUGGAGUUGGAAUUGAUAUGGAGAUAUCUAAAAACUUUCAACGCAUCCUUCAAAAACAAGGAUUUAAAUUUAAAUUGAAUACAAAAGUUACUGGUGCUACCAAGAAGUCAGAUGGAAAAAUUGAUGUUUCUAUUGAAGCUGCUUCUGGUGGUAAAGCUGAAGUUAUCACUUGUGAUGUACUCUUGGUUUGCAUUGGCCGACGACCCUUUACUCAGAAUUUGGGACUAGAAGAGCUUGGAAUUGAACUAGAUCCUCGAGGUAGAAUUCCAAUCAAUACCAGAUUCCAAACUAAAAUUCCAAAUAUCUAUGCUAUUGGUGAUGUGGUUGCUGGUCCAAUGCUGGCUCACAAAGCAGAGGAUGAAGGCAUUAUCUGUGUUGAAGGAAUGGCUGGUGGUGCUGUGCACAUUGACUACAAUUGUGUACCGUCGGUGAUUUACACACACCCUGAAGUUGCUUGGGUUGGCAAAUCCGAAGAGCAGUUGAAAGAAGAGGGUAUUGAGUACAAGGUUGGGAAAUUCCCUUUUGCUGCUAACAGCAGAGCUAAGACAAAUGCUGACACAGAUGGCAUGGUGAAGAUUCUUGGGCAGAAAUCGACGGACAGAGUAUUGGGAGCACAUAUUCUGGGACCAGGUGCUGGUGAAAUGGUAAAUGAAGCUGCUCUUGCAUUGGAAUAUGGAGCAUCCUGUGAAGAUAUAGCUAGAGUCUGUCACGCGCAUCCGACCUUAUCAGAAGCUUUUAGAGAAGCAAACCUGGCUGCAUCAUUUGGCAAAUCAAUCAACUUUUAAAUUAGAAGAUGAUAUAUUUUUUUCUGAAAUUUCCUGGGAGCUUUUGUAGAGGUCACAUUUCUGGACAGGAAAUGCUCACGGCUCCAAGAAUUUCUAGGACUGAAUUAUGAAACUUUUGGAAGGUAUUUAAUAGGUUUGGACAGAAUGGAAUAAUCUCAUAUCUGUAUUUUAAAUAAAGUUAAUAUUUUCUUUCAGUGCAUUAAUAUUGCAGAAAAAAGCUACUUAUAGUAGCAUCUCGGAAAAUUUUCUUCAACUCUUAUUUUCAUGUUCUUUAUGAAGGAUCACCUUCACUGAAUUUAUGUUACAUAGCUUUUACUUCUGAUAUGGUAAAGUUGGAUAUUUACAGGGAAGGAACUGAGUAUGGUAUGUGAACAACUGUGUUUGAAGCAAGAUGAUCAAGUUAUUUUAAACUUGGUUUUCAUGUUGGAAACAGAGUCAGUCAUUAGAAUGAGAUUAAAAUGUGUAUAGACUGAUGUAAAUAAAAAGUGAUGGUCUCUCACACGUUUUAUUUAAUCCCCAAAUUCUUGCAGUUGAGAGGUAGAAUUUACGUGUUUAGGUUAUUAAGGUUCCAUUGAGGUGUACAGUCUGAAGUAUAGUUACACAGUUAGCUAAAUUAAGGAAGUAUAUCUCUAAAGUUCAAAUAUUAAAUGGAGACUCAAAUGUAUUACAGUGGGGAAUGAAGAUACAGAAAUAAAUGUCUUAAAUGUUCAUUUAGUGGUUUUCUGAGUGGAUGUCAAGAUGGUCCUAGUUCUGUUAUGACUACCUCUAGUGUAUACUCGUAGUCCUUACUAUUAUUGCUCUGAGUGUCCUGGAUGUCUGUUUUUUCCACUUUGUAGGACAGCAUUAAGGCAUGUAAAGGGCCGUUACCCUUUGAUCUGUUUUAGUGAUACUGACUGAGUGUUUAGCAGUUACUUUUGGAGAAACAGUGUAAAGGAAUCUUUAAUCUGCUUUCUUUUCUUACAGGGAUUUCCAGUGUAUCCAUGGCUGGGUAAAUGACUGUUUCUUUAAAGAGUGCUGUAAAAUUGUGUUUAUUGAUAAGUAUUUAAAAGGGCCAUUUCUUGAAACAAAUAACCAAGUAGUAAAUGCUAAAUAGGCUUUUGCAUAUUGUAACUGAGUUUAAGAAUCCUUUCAGAUUCAUUUAGUAGUUCUCAAGUUUGGGAUAGCAUAAAUUUCUACAGAGGAAAGUAAACUAUCUUAAAGUACUAGAAACAUGCAAACUAGAUAUUCACUUGAUUGCAAUUUAAAGGUUAUAGUCAUAAGAAAAGUGUGGAGAAUAUAAUUUAUCAGCAGAAAGCUGUAUGGAGUAAGAUACCAUCACUUGAUCAUAGCUAAAAGGAAAAUGUUCAGUAGUCUUCAGGUUUUAAUUGCAUUGUAUUGGGUCACAUUUUCCUUUUUCUUCAUAUGUCCAGUGGUCUUGGAUUGUAUUAUGGUCAUUAUGAAUGAUACGUUGUAAAGACUCUGGAUUCUGUUACAUACCUCUGAAAAAUACUGAAUUUAUUUUAGUAGGCAGUUAACUUGGCUGAACUCCAACCUCUUACCGUCUUUGUGGGGAGCAGCAGCUGAAUCUCUGCUCAGUUGUUUUAGCUUUACCUGGGCUGCCUGAAGUCUGCCCCACGCGUGCGUAGUUCAUGGGUCUACCAGAGUUUUGGCAAAGUAUUUACAGAAUUUGGGGGCCCUCUCCUCUGUGGCUCUCUUUUUUUCAGGGGUUCCCCCCCCCCACAUUUCAGUUGCUGUGGUUGACCCAAACUGUCCUCCAAUUCCUUAACCAGUAAAACUUGGCUUCUGCCUAGGUUGCCACUUACCGGGACCUCCCCUCAAGUGAAAAGCUGUUAAAAGUGGGAGUUUCACCAAGUGCCGUUCUUUCUUGUCAGCUCCCCUCUACCUCCUGCCUGCUUGUCUCCAGUGCCUUUACUUUUAAAACUGAUUUUGUUCAGAGUUUGUCGUCAUUACAGCAGGGGGCUUGGUCUGGUAUGUUCUACUUUGCCAUUGUUGGACACAAACUCUGCAUCUUUUUAAAAUCUGAAAUCCCAAUAUUAUGUGAAGUGCCGGUUUAUUUAAACCUCAAACAUGUCUCCUACUCUAGGUAAAAAGUUUCUAACUAGGGAAUAGUGAGGAAUAAUUUAAUAUCAAAUCCUAGCUAUCGAGAGACACAAAAUAAUAGUUAAAUCCAACUUUAAGGGUUCCCAUUCAGUAAGAGGAUGCAAAUAUAUCUGGGUGAGAAUGAAGUCCUGGGUAUAAAAAAUGUUCACUUACUGUUAUUUACUAAGUUCUCAAUAUUUUCUUGGCUUGGGAAGGAUGGGGCUUCGUUGUCCAGUUCAUUGAGCUAAUUAAAAUUAAAACUAGUAAUUUCAAAGUGAGCUCUUUGGUUGUUUAGCUGAAAAGGAAUAGGGAGAAGCGAAGCUUUUCUACUAUUUUAAGUAAAAUAUUUAUAAUUAAGGAAAAAAAUAAGACUUAGUUGCUCUAGUAGUUGAUGAGGUCUGACCACUUUGCUAGUUAUUAGGAUUCCAACCUAAAUACAAGUGACAAAUAAUUGCCUUGAACCAGAGGGAAAUUGCCCUAUUGCUUAAAUUACAGCUGUUUACAUAACUUUUGUGCAGGCUCAGCUUCAAGUGCAGCUGUGUUGGGUGUGUGGGUGGUUGUUAACUGGUAGACAGAAUGGCCGCUCUGAGAACAAUGUGUGAAGAGACCACUUAGGGCCUGGCCUGUUACGAGCUAGCUUGGCUAGAAAGUUGACACAGGUUUCAAUUGUAUUCCAGCUAUUUUCUUUAUCCUGUGGAAUAAGUGAUUGUUAUAUGAUUGUUUUGGCCUUACCUAGACAUCCUAGCAGAGAAUCUUUACUUUGUGAAAUAAAAUAAAAUAUAAUAUAAAA